AACACAGUUGUGUCAGUUCGUGGGAGAGGGUUGCCACACUACACUCGCAAGAGUACGACAAAAUGUCACUAGCUACAGUCAGAUGACUCUGACCAAUGAAUUCGUUUCUGAAGUUUGCGCCGUCCACGUGUGUGAUGGUUAUGUUUGUUACGGUCAUAUCAAGAGCAAUCAAUUAUAUAUGAAAUUAGAUUCAAUUAUAUAGGGAUAUCCAGCUAUGGCUACGCAUCGUAUACAUAACAUAAGAUUUUAUAAUUUGGAGCCGAAGUCGGUGACUUGCCUGUGUCAUGAAUCAAAAACGAAAAAAUUAGCCCUCGCAAGGGACAACAACUCUAUAGAAAUCUGGAAUGUGGAGAACGCACCGUUUGUCGAGUGUACCAUAGCCGGUCACGCCGAGAACUCGGUGGAGAGCAUACUCUGGAUCGAUUCCAGACUGUUUUCGACGGGUCUUCAGGGUGCGGUGAUCGAGUACGACCUGAGGACGUUGAGCGUCAAGCAUGAAGUCAUGGUGAUAGGAGGAGCGGCCUGGUGCAUGGACGUGAAUCAAGAGAAGACUCGCCUGGCCGUUGGCACGGAGGACGGAUAUAUCAACACUUUCACCGUGCACAAGGAUAAACUGGUUUUUGAGAGAAUAUUUGAUAAACAGGAGGGGAGAAUUAUGUGUAUCAAAUGGGAUAACACGGGCGAGAUGAUUUAUACAGGUUCCACGGACACCAUCAGGGUGUGGAGUGCCAUAUCCGGACACGCAAUACACAAAAUGACAACUUCUAAAAAUAAUAUCAAGGAGGAGACAAUAGUUUGGUGCCUCGCGGUCACCGACGAUAAUAUAAUAAUAUCCGGCGACUCUCACGGCUUCCUAUGCUUCUGGGAUCCUCAGAUGGGAGUCCUACUAGAGUCGCACGAAAGUCAUACAGCCGAUAUAUUAGCUGUUACCCUGUCGCACGACAUGAAUGUGGUGUACUGCGCGGGUGUGGACCCGGUCGUGCGAAGCUUUUGCAAAGUUACCCUGAAAUCAAGUGGGAAACAUCAGUGGGUGAAGGGAAUCGAGAGGAGAUUACACGUUCACGAUGUCCGAGCGCUUGUAGAAGCGAAUGGAAAGCUCUACUCGGCCGGGGUGGAUGGGUACCUCGCCGCGUCGAGUUACCCACCAAAAAAUCUUGUGAAAUAUCCUCCGCUACUGCAACCACCCUGCGCCACAAUUUGCCGAAAAUCUAGAUGUAUCUUGUUGCGAUACGCAAACUAUCUGGAAUUAUGGAGACUUGGUUCUGUCAGUAAAGAUUCCCCGGAAUUAGUACGCUCCUCCAUGGUGCACGAAUUGGACGAGGAGCCUAUGAAACUGUUGCAGUUACAAACAAAAGGUGACGAGAGCAUCAUCUCUUGCGCCGUUAGUAAGAACUCCAAAACAAUCGUGUACUCGACGGACACUCACGUCAGAGUCUUUAACUUCGACGUGGUGGAGGGAGAUGCGCAGCUGUCUAAAAACGAUACCGAUUUGUCUGUGAAGCGAAUACAAAAGAUGCUCUUCAGUCCAAACGGCAAGUUAUUCGCCGCAAUUAACAAUGACGGCAACGAGAGUACCGUGAUGCUGUUCAAAGUGAGUAAGAAGAGCUUAAGUCUGAUCGGCUCGUUCCAGACAACGAGGGAGUCCAUUAACGAUGUCGGUCUCGUGUGCUUCUCUCCGGACAACAAGUAUUUCGUAUGCACGGACCGGCAACGCGGAGUCGCCGUGUACUUCAUCGGUGACGGUGUCGCGGCAGAAUCGCUCAAGGGAUGGAAGUUACCCAAGUACAGUUGUCCAGCGACGGCAAUAGCCGUGCAGAAAAAUACACUCAAUCUGGUCCUAGUGUAUUCCGAUCAUAAGAUCAUUGAAUACAAUAUUCCUACGAAGAGAUACACAGAGUUUUCUAAUAAUUUGCAAAAUCGAUUAUCAAAGCAGUGGUUAGCGCGUCCAUUCCCGAUAACGAACAUCAUAUUCGAUCCGCGCAACGAAAACAUCAUAAUCAUGCAGGACGACACAAGUGUGUAUAUUAUUAAUAAAAACAGCGAAUUAUCAGAAAAAGAAACAAAGAUUUUUAAGCGUGAGAAUGGAGAAAGCGCUGCAGAAGAUAGCAAUUCGAUUUCCAGCUCACAAUCUCAACAUACGUUUCAAGUUGCCAAGAAAUAUAAGCACCUUGUCUACUUAAAUUGGUUGAACGACGAAGAGCUGGUCGCGGUCGAGGUGAAUCCUACUUCUCUGUUGGACAAAUUACCACCCACGCUAAAACAAAAGUUCUUCGGCAUGUAAAUAUUGUUUAUAGGAGAUACUAUUAAUAAUAAUGGUAAAAAAUAAAAUUUUUACCCUAUUUUUUUUAAAUUAAAUUUUGUAACUAGAUUUCAUUAUUUCGAACACGCUAUUUCAAUAUUUUAAUAUUUUUUAAGUGUAAUUCAAUGAUUUCGAUUAGUUUCUGGUAA